AUGGACGACCAGGUCGAAUUCGACAUUAACGAAUCCCUAAAACUGUAUCUGAGCGAUUCUGCGAAGAUUCCAACUCCUGAAGCCAGUUCCGAAUUGCUCGACUGCGAGAACGACCCAGACAGCCUCACCUCAGACCUUGUCAACAAUGCGCUGGACCCGGUGAUAGACGCAAUUGCAGAGAACCCUGAGGCUCUGGGAAGAAGUGUUAUCUUUGACACCCUGCUCUUUCUAUUGAAGUAUGCUUUCUCCCAUCCCUACUAUCAUAUGAAAGCUCUCCGGGAUUCCUCUGCUAAACGGGUUCAAUCUAGGCAAUCCUCUGUCCUCUCUACCCAGUCUCUUAGCAAGAUACUCCACCUUAUCGUCUCCGGCCUCGCAACUACAGCGGACGUUGCGAAUCACGAUAUUGAAAAUGACGAGCAAGAUACCAUUACCCAACAUAAACGUCUCCUGGAGAUGUACGCCUUCCUUCUCCAAUGGGCAAUCUCAGGUGUCGAGGCAAAAGCUCUGGAGAAAUCGAACUCGGCCCCCCCAAGAAGAGGAGGGAAAGGAGCAAAAUCCAAGUCAGCUGCCAAAGACGAUGUUUGGGAUUCUGCCGGCCAAGUACAAGGAGCAAUGGAUGUCAUGUGUCGGGUCAUGAAGCUGAAGUUGAACCGCAUCUUUCAGACCACCUCCGACAGAGACACAUUCGUGAACUUGUUCACGAGGUCGGUAUACUUGAUUAUGGAGAGCGAGGCCAGGGUGAAGACAACCCCAGUCCGAAUGUUUUGCUUCAAGGUGCUCUGUGUGGCUGUAAAACACCACGGCCAUGCACUGGGUGCACAAACAUCAAUCGUACAGAAUUUGACCUAUUUCGAGCACCUGUCGGAACCGAUGGCUGAGUUUCUACACAUCCUGGCAGAACAGUACGAUUAUCAUCAGCUAUCUGCGGAGAUCCUCAGAGAAUUGGCAGCGAAGGAAUUCAGCCAGAAUGACACAAAAGGCCCAAAAUCAGUAUCUACGUUCAUUAUCAAGCUGUCAGAGUUGGAGCCCAGACUAGUCAUCAAAGAGAUGGGUCUUCUCGCCAAAUUCCUGGAUAGCGAGUCUUACACCUUGAGAUGUGCAGUCAUUGAGGUCUGUGGCAAUCUUCUUGCCGAUCUCAGCAAGCAAGAGGAGAAAAGUGAGACUACUAAGAUCCAGAUCAAUGCAUUCUUCGACACACUCGAGCAACGCUUUUUGGACACAGCCCCAUUCUGCAGAGUCAAGGCAAUGCAGGUCUUCACAAAGAUAUGCGACUUGGAGCAGAAAUUUCCGAAACGGCGGCAACACGCUGCCGAGCUUGCUAUGCAGAGUCUACAAGACAAGAGUAGCAAUGUGCGUCGGAAUGCAAUCAAGUUGCUCAGGAAACUUGUCGCUUCGCAUCCUUUCAGUGUAAUGCACGGUGGUCAGUUGUCGCGGAAGGAUUGGGUCGAACGGCUAGAAGCUGUAGAAUCCCAACUUGAGGCUCUGCAACCUCCACCCGAAGAAGCUGGAGUAGCCCAGAUGGCCAACGGCGAGGAAAGGGUCGAUAACGAACUUUUGGAUGAUGCGACACAGAACCCCGAUGCUCAAGCCGACGAACCAGAAGAAAUGAUUGAGGAGGAGAGGAUCGAGGCUGCCAGAAAGGCCGCCGAAGAAGCUGCAACUUCGGAAGUGUUGGGAAAACUCCAGCUGACUCGCAAGUACUACCUAGAGGCAUUGCGAUUUAUUGACGUGAUCCACGACUCUUCAGAUUUUGCAGUGCAGCUUCUGUCUUCGCCAAACAAAACCGAAGUCAUCGACGUGAUGGACUUUUUCGUGACUAUCGAUGCUUUCAAAAUCGAGACCGCUCGUCAAGGUAUCCGACGUAUGCUCCGACUAAUCUGGACCAAGGGAAAUAGUGACGAAGGAAAGGGCAUCCAAACUCACCUGAUCGAGAAUUACAAGGGGUUGUUCUUCGACGCUCCAGAUAUGUUCACCGCGAACGAUUCCGCCAAUUUUGUCGCUCGAAACAUGAUCAGCUUGACGUUUGGUGCUACUCCUGCAGAACUGACAUCGCUGGAACAGCUGCUAGCGACGAUGUUUAAAGCCGGACACAUUUCUGAGUUAGUGGUUUCAAAGUUGUGGCAGGUAUAUGGAGUCAACAAAGAAAUCUCUAAAUCUCAGCGGAGAGGUGCAAUUAUCGUCCUUGGAAUGAUAGCUUUGGCCAAUCCAGAGGUCGUCAUCAGGGAGAUUGACACCAUGUUGCGGAUAGGGUUGGGACAUCUGGGCAGGCAAGACUUUGUCCUUGCUAAGUUCACCUGCGUUGCAUUGCGACGUAUGAUACCAGUCGCGAAGAAGGCCCAAGAAAAGACAGCAUCAGCUGGCUUGUCGAGGAUGUCCAACAACCACGAAGUCCUACGAAUGCUGGCGUCGAUUCUCCUGACUACGUCCCCUAGCAAAGACUGGUACGGAAUGGCUGAACAAGCAAUUUCCGCCAUUUAUGUUCUGUCCGAUCACCCAGACGUCUUAUGUUCGGAAGUGCUGAGGCAGAAAACUCGACUAGUAUUUCAACAAACGAAGACCAUGUCUUCGCUGUCGCGAACGCCGAGCCCGGAGCCUCCUCAAGAGGUUGAGGCAAUGGAUGUUGACGAAGCGGAAGAAGGUGAUAACAAACCCGGCCCAGAAGAACCUGAGGCCUCGAAAGAAGGCCAGGAAAAGCCAUCUCUCGCUCUUUCUCAACUCUUCUUUACUGUUGGUCAUAUCGCGAUCAAACAGAUUGUUCAUCUCGAAUUGUGCGAGCUUGACUUCAAACGGCGGAAACACGAGCAGGAAAAGAACAAGUCCAUGGCCAGUAACACUUUGCCAGACAAAUCGGCCGGUCCUACGCCUGCUCGAAGAAAGAAGACCGCCGCGGAAGAGGUGUUAGCAGAAAAGCAGAAAGAAGAAGAGAAGGAUGAACUAGAUAUGAUCGGAGGCACGACUGAGGACGACUUUACCGAAGCCAUUGCUCACAUUCGAGAACGGGAACUUCUUUACGGGCAGAACUCUCUCCUUGCAAAUUUUGGCCCUUUGGUAACGGAAAUCUGUGCAAAUAACGCGGCCUAUAAAGACCGUGAACUCCAGGCACAGGCGACUUUGUGUUUGGCCAAGCUCAUGUGCGUCAGCAGCGACUACUGCGAAAAGAACCUGCCUCUGUUAAUUACUAUACUUGAACGAUCAACAGAUCCAAUCGUCCGGUCGAACGCCGUGAUAGCCCUCGGCGACAUGGCGGUCUGCUUCAAUCACCUCAUUGACGAAAACACGGAUUUCCUGUAUCGAAGACUCAAUGAUGGCGACGAGAGCGUCAAACGGACGUGUUUGAUGACGCUGACGUUCUUGAUUCUAGCUGGACAAGUCAAAGUCAAGGGUCAACUGGGUGAAAUGGCCAAAUGUCUGGAAGACGGAGACAAGAAAAUCGCCGACCUUGCUCGCAUGUUCUUUACUGAAUUGGCGACCAAGGACAACGCGGUGUAUAACCAAUUUGUGGACAUGUUCAGUGUUCUCACUCAAGAUGGUCCUUUGGAGGGCGGAGUCAUGGAAGAAGAAGCCGUUAAGAGAAUUCUCAAGUUUUUGUGUGGUUUCAUCGAAAAGGACAAACAUGCGAAGAACCUUGCCGAUAAACUUGCGGCCAGACUCGGUCGAUGCGUGAACAAGAGACAAUGGGACGACACGGCCUACGCAUUGUCGUUGUUGCAGCAUAAGAACGAGGAGAUUAACAAGAAAUUGGCCGAGGGCUAUCGAGUCGUUGAGAGUGAGGCGUGA